AUGAAUACCGAAAAGGCGGGCCCUGUAAAGGGCACACGCGACCUGGAAUCCAGCGUCGACAUGGACGACCACAGCGAGGUUGGCAGGAUGGAGGAGAUCAAGCGCGACCUAAAGUCGCGCCAUAUCAACAUGAUUGCCAUUGCUGGGAUGAUUGGUACCGGAUUGUUUCUCAAUUCCGGCCAGGUUCUCGCAACUGCAGGCCCUGCCGGAGCAUUGAUAGCCUAUAUUCUGAUGGGCUUUGUGACUGCUGGGGUUUCGUAUACUACUGGCGAAAUCACCUCGUUUAUGCCAUCCACUGGUGGCUUCAUUCGCCACGCAACCAAAUACGUGGAGCCGGCGCUGGGUGCUGCAACAGGGUGGAACUUUUGGUAUGCAAUGACCAUCAAUGCUGCAGCAGAAAUAAGUGCUGCGGCAACUGUGAUUCAAUUCUGGAACACGUCGGUCAACGCAGCUGUAUGGAUUACCGUGUUUCUUGUUUUUAUUGUCGUGAUCAACUUGGUUGGCGUCCGACUAUACGGAGAGUCCGAAGUCGUAUUCGCCUCGCUCAAGAUCAUGCUGAUCAUCGGCCUGAUCAUCGGCGGUCUUGUUAUCGACCUGGGCGGCGCCCCAAACCACGAACGCAUCGGCUUUCGCUACUGGAACAACCCCGGUGCGUUUAACGAGUAUAUCGACAGUGGCUCCACCGGCCGGUUUCUGGCGAUUUGGAAAGUUCUUCUCUCGGCCGCGUUUAGCUAUGGCAAUAUCCAAGUCGUAGCGAUUUCAGGGUCGGAAACGCAGGAUCCGCGACGAGUCAUUCCGGCCGCAACGAAAAAGACCUUUCUGCGUGUUUUUUUCUUUUACGUGUUGAACGUGUUUAUCGUGGGGAUGAUCGUCCCAUCCAACGACAAGAGCCUGAGCAUAUCCACCGGCACUGCGCAACAGUCGCCAUUCACUAUUGCCUUUCAGCGCGCCGGCGUGUCUGCCGUGCCAUCCAUCAUCAACGCUGUCGUGUGUACCUCGGCCAUCAGCAGCGGAUCCGCAUGCGUCUUCAUCGCGUCGCGCACGCUGUACGGUCUGAGUCGCGACGGGCACGCACCUGGAUUCUUCCAACGAUGUAAUCGGUUCGGCACACCGCAGUAUGCGGUUGGAUUGACAUGUCUUGUUCUGCCGCUGGUGUAUCUGUGUGUGGCGAAUAAUACGUCUGUGGUGUUUGGCUGGUUUGUGAAUAUCACGACAGUGGCUGGGCUGAUUGGGUGGAUUGUUAUUGAGGCGACGUAUUUGCGGUUUUGGGCGGGGUUGAAAGCCCAAAAUAUUUCCAGGAAUGAACUGCCAUACCGCAGUCCGCUGCAGCCGUACGCGGCGUGGAUCACUUUGCUGGUCGUCUUUCUCGUUGUCUUUUUUUCUGGCUUUGACGUCUUUGUCAAAAACAGCUUCACCGCAUCUGGGUUUUUGACCUGCUAUUUGAACAUUUUCAUUUUUGCCGCCCUGUAUAUAUUCUUCAAAAUAUACCUACGAUCCAAAAUCAUCCCGCUCGCGCAAAUCGACUUUCAGACUGAGCUUGCCGAGAUUCGCGAGGAGAAGCAGAUGCGGAUUGGGGAAGAGCAGGCGAGUGGAUGGAUUGGGCGAGUGAUUCAUUGGUUUUAG